AACAAAUUUUAAACACCUGAUUAAUUAAUUAAUUGAACAAUGUAUUCGCAUCCACUUUAUGAAUGUUGGCUUUAGUGCCACCGGGGCUGUAGGAAGAUAAGGUGAUGAAACUGGGGUUGUAAGAGAGAGAAAGAGGAGAGAGAGAGAUGGUUGGAGUUGGAGGUGGGCGUUGGGUCUCGUCAUCUUCAGCUAACAUAAUCAACAGAUUUUCAUCAUCAGAUCAUCACAAACUCAUCUCCGCCUCAACAGCUUCUGCUAAUUCUGCCAGAAGAAAUGAAUUUCCAACGAAGAAGAAGAGUAAGCCGCGUUUGAUCUCGAUAUCAACGGCGGAAGCGAAAUGGCAUGGAAAAUGGAAUUCUGAGUAUUUAUUUUCCUUGCGAGACCUACAGCUACUUGAUCUCGAUGAUGUUCACAAAGAUACUAAUGUUUCCAUCGCCCUUUCUGUUCAAAAGCAUGCUGGUUUUGGGCUGUCAGUAGAAGGAAGAAUCAGCACAUCAUUCACCAGAAAAUGUUGCAAUUGCUGCUCUCCAUACCUCAGAGAUAUUAGCUCCACAUUUAAAGUGUGGAUUCUCCCAUCAACGAGAACAAUUAGGGACUCAUCUAAUCAACUUCCGGAUAUUGGCGGAGAUGAUCCUUCCGUUAUUUAUGUGAAACCUGGAUACGAAGCUGAUCUUGAUUCCUUGAUACAAGAUACCGUUCGGCUCGCCACUUCAGUUAAAGAAACUUGCUCGGACACUUGUGAGAAGGCUGAACCCAAAUUACACCAUUUAGGUGCAAGGAAUGCACCGUCGAUCGAUCGAAGGUGGCACAAGCUUUUGGAAUUGAAGAAGAGGCACGAACUUACAUAGAUCUCAUCAUAUUUUCUGUAAAUAUUAUAGUCGUUGGUACAAUAGUGCUAAGUUGGAGAUGAAAUUGGCUCACAGUUCCCCAGAA